UAAAAAUUAAAGAUGCCUCUAAAACCAAAAGAAGUAGAAGCUGACUUUAUCAAAGAACAAAACAAACUUAGAAUAGAUCCCGCCAGGUUAAUAGAGGAGCUCGAAGAUUUAUUGACAAACUGGAACUCUUAUUAUUCCAAGAGAAGGAUCAUCCUUGAAGCACUGGAUGGAAAGAAUCUUGAUAACGCUAUCUAUGAAGCUAUCACCUACCUUCAAGGUGUUGAUCCAGUGCAUGAACUGCAGCACUCAAAGCACCUUGAGAAGGCAGCCAAGAUGUACUUCACAAUAGAAAAUCCUGAGUCUAGACUCUCUGAAAGAGUUGAAAACUUCUGUACAUGGGAUGGUGAAAUCAACGAAAUCGUUCAUUACACCCGCAAGGGUGUUGAUGGGAAGGAUAUUUUGAUCUGCAUACUUCUAUCAGACGAGGACAACGUGAACAAAGAUAUUAUCUUCAGUCCUGAUUUCGAGCAUUUUGGAAUGAAAAUCGGGAUCAAUAACAAAGGCGAAUACUGAGUCAUCCUGACUUAUGCCUCAUAUUUGGAAGAAGAAAAUAGUAUUAAUAACCCCGAAGUAGAGAGUAUUGAUCCUCCAAAUGAGUAUUUUGAGGAUUCUGAUAAAAACUCUGAGCCAGAACCUAUAGGAUUCGAAGUUGAGGCUCGUCAGAAGCCAUCAAGAAGAACUAUAGAAUUCGAUGAGACUGAAGGCUCAGUAAAGCGUAAAAAUACCAAGAAUGAUACUUCUCUUGGUGAAUCCUCCGAAGAGAAUGAGAACUCCAAUGUUGAGCAGCAAUUCUCUAUGGCCAAAAAUGUUAGCAGGAGAAAUAAUAAUUUAAUUGACUGAAAUCCUCCUGGAGGUGCAAUCCAUAACAGCCCUGAUUUUGGAAACGAAGGUAAAAGCACCAAUGAUGGGGAAAGUAGAAGCCAUACUGCAGGAAAUCAUAUAAUGAAUGAUAGAUACACAGCGAGUUAUGAAUUCAGAACACCUGAAAAAUAUGGUAGUGCUUCCAGAAAGAGCAUUGGAUCUAAGAAGAAAUCAAAGAUCACCAAAUCAAUUGACAGGAGAUAUGGAAGAGCAGGAACUGUUGUUGAAAAGGAAAUUGACAAGAAUUAUGAAGAUGAUAAAAAAACUGAGCUUAUCCCAAGCAGAUUUAUCUCUAGAGGGGGAUUUUCAGCAAAAAAAUCAAAGUAUAUUAACGAUGGGGAAUAUUUUGAUGAUGAAGAGCUUGAAGCUGUAGCAUAUGGAGAUAAAUUCAGAACUAAGAAGACUUAUACAACCACUGGAGCUGAUUAUUUAAUAGAGCCAGAAUAUCCAAGACUAAAGUAUGUCAGAAAAUCAGGAUUUGGAAAAACAGCAAACAUGAGAGAUUACACAGCAAAUCUAAAUUACAAUCGCCCGAUUGCUUCAUCAGGAAGAUAUUACCAAGAAUAUGAAGCAAUUGGAAACUCUCCAAAGCCUUCUCAAGAAAUUACAAAACAUUAUAAAAGACAAAGCACAGUAUUUGCUAAUAGUCUAAAAUCACCAGAGGUCAAAAACAAAAAUGCUUCAAAAUCUCCUUUCAAUAAGCCAAAAAACUGAAAUUUCCAAAACAGAAGGCGCUCUACAAUGACAUCUAGAGUGACCUACCUAGACAGAACUGCUAUCACUGGGGAAGAAUAUGAUCUAUUCAACAAGUUCUAACCUAAAUCUCCCUCUUCUGGUGCACUUAAGAAGUAACCCAUUCAAUUUCAC